AUGGUCCAGAAACAUUCUGUAGCAGAGCAAGGGGCUUUCAAGGAAUAUCCCUGCCCCAGGGCCAGCUCUGCAGCUCCCAUUGGCCAGAGUAUUACCGAGGCGGGGGAGUUGCAGGCAGGAUCCAGAUCAGAUUUGCUGGGCUACGAGCGCUGCAGCAGCAGCAGAGAGAAAGCUGAGAGAGGACACGGAGAUCGUUCUGGGGGGAAACUGCAAAUGGAAGAGCGUCUUAAUGGCAAUGAAAACGCAGAGGGAGGAGGAGAGAAUUCUGUUCAGCAGCAACAGCAGCUGAUGGAGCCUCUUAAUUAUAAUGGACACCUGGACAGAGGAGAUGAACCAGGUUAUUCAUGUAACCACAAGUUCAAGAAACAUGCUUUUGUAGCUGGAGUAAUCUUAGUUUUGAGCGCUAUCAUCAUUGUUCUGGCUGUAGUAAAGUUUAACCCAUCUUCAGCUGGUUCUGAUCCUCUGGCCGCUGGCCGCUGCUGCCCAGACAGCUGGGUCGGGUACGGAAGGAAAUGCUACUACUUCUCCGAGGCCGAAAGGGACUGGAACAACAGCCAGAACAACUGCUCCUCCUUCGGUGCCUCCCUGGCUGAGAUCGACACCCCUCAGGAAAUGGCUUUCAUUAAGCGCCAUAAAGACCUCUCUGAGCACUGGAUUGGCCUCCGGAGGGAACCGGGCCAGGUCUGGAAAUGGACCAACGGCACCGAAUUCAAUCACUGGUUCAAAGUCAGAGCACAGGGUGAGUGCGCAUAUUUGAACGAUGAAGCCGUCACCUCUUCUUGGUGCAACACGGUGCGAUACUGGAUCUGCAGCAAGCCUGCCGGACUUAGCUGAGAGAGGAGAAUGGAGCACAAGGGCAAGCAGAGAUGUCAGAGCUCAGCUGAAGUGCUACUGUAUGCACAGGGACACACGCACCCGCUCCCCGACUUUUCUACUGAAUGUAUUUUUUUUUAAAUGCACUCUGUUUUUAAGGCAGCAGAGGGGUGAGGGCGCUAGUGACGUGCUGUAUCUUGUUUCUGUGCAAGUGAAGGUGGUCCAGAGCCUCUCAGCAGCUGCUUUUUCCUCAGUGGUACCAAGAUUUCGGCAAAUUCUGAAGCAUCAGACAGACUCUCAACUCCACGUCCUUGCAGUCUGCGAGCUGUCAGAGGAAAAACUGUUGCAGCGGGGAUUCUCUGUACCUAGGUCCAGCUUAUAGGCGCCAAAUCUGUGGGUGGUCUGGGGCUGAAGCACCCACGAGAAAAAAAUAGGGGGCGCUCAGUACCCGCCAGUGGCUCCACAGCUCCCUGACUGGCCGCGGAUCAGCUGUUCUGGAACCAGCAGAG